AUGGCUUCGGAGGCCCAACUGCUUCCAAGGCCCAGCAACCAGCAUUUUGUCCCCUGCCGCACCCACGCGUGCCGGCGUGCUGCGGCGGCACCCUUCACCUUCACCGGCGUCUCCUUCGUCCCCACCGCGCCCCAAAAGCGCAAAACCCCCAAAUCCUCCAACCCUACCACGGACCCCCACCACCCAGGCCCUCCACCAAGCCUCCGCUCCGCCACCGCCGCGGCCGCCGCCCUCCGGCCUCUGCGCCGCCUCACUCCGACGGCACCGAGUCUGCAGCAGCGCGAUGGAGCUCGCGAAGCAGGGGCGGCCGCAAUUGCCUUCGGCUGCAGCAGGGUGUCGUUGAGGCCGCCGCAGCAGCAAGUGCUGCCUGUUCAAGCGGGUUUUCCUGGGAUGGUUGCGUCGCAGCCGCCGCCGCCGACGCCCUCGGUGGUCAAGAAGACGCCGAUGUCGCCCAAGGUCCAGAUGCUCAAGUCGCUGCCGUCGCAGGUGUCUGCUGGCAAGCGUUCUGUUCAGAAGGAACUGCCGCCGAAGGCUCAUCCGCAGUUGUCUGAGUCUGUGAGAUCGAAAUUCAGGGAGGCUCUGGCUGCUGCCUUGAGUACGGAUUCUGACCAGCAGGUUGGGCAGAAACCUUCUGGAAAUGUGUCACUUGUGGGAUCAUCUGGUGAGAACAGGCAGGCAGACGGUGGUAGAAUGCAAGCAAUCACAGCCAUAUUCCAGGAUGCAGGUAAAGAUGAUGGUGGUGAUGAUGAUAGUGUCACAAAGGUUGCUGCUAUCAGAAGAGAACACGGUGGCAUGUUAUGUAGCAAUUUGGGAUCAAACAUGCCAAUGCAGCAACGAACAGAACAUGUUCCCUUGGUAAACAAAGCAUUGGGCAAUAGCGCUGUUUCUUUAGAUGAUCUUCUGCAAGGUGAUGGGCUUUGCUGGACUCCCCACAUUGUUCUUGGAGCUUCUGAAUCCAUGUCACAACCCAAUCCAAAAAGGGCCAGGAUGUCUGAUGUUCAAACUGGGGUUAACGUAUCUCAAAUUGGUCCGGAGCCUAAAAGAGCAACUACCAUGGAUGAGGUAAUAGAAGGAAAGAAGGUCAUGACUCAUAAGGCCCAAAGGUUGGCAUUUAUAAUUGAAGAGGAGCUGUUCAAAUUAUUUGGGGAAGUUAAUAAGAAGUACAAGGAGAAAGGUAGAUCACUUCUGUUCAAUCUGAAAGAUAAAAACAAUCCUGGGCUGAGGGAACGAGUCUUGUCUGGAGAAAUAAUGCCUAAAUGCUUAUGUGCAAUGACUACUGAAGAACUUGCUUCAAAGGAGCUUUCAGAGUGGCGGAUGGCUAAAGCUGAAGAGCUUGCAAAAAUGGUUGUUCUUCCUGAUAGAGAAGUGGACGUUAGACGCUUGGUGAGAAAAACACACAAGGGAGAAUUUCAAGUUGAGGUGGAAGAAACUGAUGUUUUCCCUGUAGAAGUUGAGCUUGGUGGUGAUUCACUUUCUUAUGUAACAUCAGAACCCGUUGCAGUUCAAACCAAAUCUGACGAUAAAGCAAGUGUACACAGGGAGAUCAAGGAAUCGGACAACAGUGUGCAAGAUGUAGUUGGGACAUGGAACAGCAAUACAUCAUGCAAUUUAGAAUAUCCAGAAAAUGAGAAAAAUUAUCUCAUGCUAGAACCAAUGGUUGAUGACUUGAAGGUUAUGGAGAAUCUUCCACUGAUCAUGUCACUGGAUGAAUUCAUGCAGGUCCUUGAUUCAGAACCACAUUCCAAAGAUCAGUCCGUUGGAGCCCUGCAAGAUGAUCCUAAUACUAACAAAGAUGACAAAGCUAAGUCAGCAAAUUUUCUCAUAACCAUGGACAAGGCCGCUGUAUCAGAAUUCCAAUUUCAUUGUGAUGUGUCGUCUCCAAGAAGUUAUUGUGAAUCCAAAUUAGAAUCACGCAUAAACAAACCAGUUCCAGUUUUGGAUCCAGUUGAAGAACCAAAGGGAGAUGUGUUGGUCAAAUCCCCCACUGAAAAGGUGGGUGCUGAAAAAUCAGAUACUGUUAAUGGCUCGAUUCCUGAAUCUACUAUGCAGUGUAAGAAAACUCCUGAUGCUGUGCUGACACAUGACAUUAUAUGGGAGGGAAUAAUUGAGCUCAGUUUGUCUUCAAUCACAAAUAUCGUUGCUAUCUUCAAAAGUGGUAAAAAGCCAUCUACAAAUGAGUGGCGCCGCUUUCUCGAAAUCAAGGGAAGAGUGAGACUCAGUGCUUUUGAAGAAUUUCUUGAACAGCUUCCUAAAUCCAGGAGCCGUACUAUAACGUGUACCCGUUCACAGUCUAGGCCCUGGGAUGCCAUAAAAUGGAAGAUUAAGGCUGCGUUCAACUCCUCUCCGUUCCCUCCACUCCGCUCCGGAGUGGACCAGGCUCUAGCUCAUUUUCACGGAGCGGCUAAAACUGAGCUCCACAACUCCGCGGAGUCAGAGCGGAGAGGAGGGAUUCCGAACAAGGCCUAA